AAUGAAAGGCUUCAGUUAGUUAAGAGUGAGAAACGUUUGCAGUUUUGUCUUGUUACACAAUAUUUUAAAAAAAUAUUUUGAAAUUUUGAAAAGCAAACACUACACUACACUACAUUUUUGUAAAUAUAUGUCAUUGUUUUCUUGUUUGUUUGUUUGUUUGGGGGUUAUUACUUGAACACUAAAGUGGCCCUCAAAUAAGGUGACAGCUCCAGCAGUGGCCCACAGCUCAUUUAAGUUUGAGAUCCCUGCCUUAGAGAAUAAGAAAAUCUCGUAUUAUGGCAGCCACGCAGGUUCAUCCGGGUCUCCUAAGGAUGACCUUGGAUAAGUGACCACUGCAGUGCACCCUGUGAAUAGUCAAAUGGAUUCGUGACAAUUACAGUUACCUUUUCCAACCAGUAGGUGGCAAUACGCGCUUUUUUAAAAGCUGGACAGCGACACAGUUGUUAAGAGAAGUUCAAAUGUGCUGUUGUGUUUUGCGUGAUACCGUGAACCUCAAGUUAAAACCAUGGCCAAGGACAUGACUCUGCUGUGGGGGAGCGGCUCUCCUCCCUGUUGGAGGGUGAUGAUCGCUCUGGAGGAGAAGAACCUGCAGGGAUACAACCAAAAACUGUUCUCCUUAGAAAAACUGGAGCACAAGUCCAAAGAAGUGUUAGAUAUAAAUCCCAGGGGACAGCUUCCCACUUUCAAACAUGGAGACAACAUUCUCAAUGAAUCUUAUGCAGCCUGCUUUUACCUGGAGAGCCAGUUUAAAUCCCAGGGAACCAAACUGAUCCCAGAUGGCCCAGCAGAACAAGCUCUGAUGUACCAGCGCAUGUUUGAGGGUCUCACAUUCUACAAGAAACUCAACGUGGUUAUCUACUACUCCUUCAACUGGUUUGUCCCUGAAGGUGAGAGACAUGAGUCGGCUCUGAAGAGAAACAAAGAAGCUCUGAUCAGUGAACUCAAACUUUGGGAGGGUUACCUGCAGAAGCUGGGCUCAGGCUCUUACCUGGCAGGACCGUCUUUCACGCUAGCAGACGUGGUUGUUUUUCCAACAGUUGGCACUCUCUUCAGGUUUGGGUUGUCUCCAGAGCGUUAUCCUAAACUGGGAGAGUACUACAAUCUGCUGAAGGAGAGACCCAGUGUCAAAGCCAGCUGGCCUCCUCAUUGGCUGGGGAGCCCCAAGGGGCUAGACACACUGAAAGACAUCUGAUAUUCAUACACAGAUGAUGCUGCAUAAUGACAGAGCAGCUUUUGUUUUUUUGCUUCCAGCUUUUGGUAACUCAUACGUAUUCCGGUUUGUCUGACAGCAGUUUAACUUCACCGUAGAAGUCAUGACUUUGCAUCUUUUUCUGUCCUGUCAAUAAAAAAAAACCUCCCAAGAAACAAAAACAGUCACUAGUUUUGUGGAGAUAUUUCUUUUUUUAUUAGGAUUUUCACAUUUAAAGUUAUGUAACUCUUGUGCUUCCAUACAAGUUACCAUGUGUUCAAGUGGUACUGCAUUAAAAACGGGCAUGUCAUGGAAAUCACUUAUUUAUUACCUUAAAUAAUUUAAAUAAUUUUUUUAUUAACAGCUGCAGAUUCACUGUAAAUAUAUGAACUUCUAUAAAUAAUUGUAGUGCAUAUUUGAAGCCGUUUUGGUGCGUCUGCUUCUCUUUUCACAUCUGGGGCAUCACAGAUAUAGGACACUGCUGACUGAUCCAUUCUCAGGCAUUGCACUCUUACUGUCAGUACUCUUUGUGUAGUGCAAAUCUUUCUUUAUUUUAUUAAAACGAACAAAAGUCUAAAGAUGCUUAUGGCGCACAAUGUUGAGCCACAAAGCCUGACAUCUUCUGUCAGUUUCUUUCUAUUAGCUCCCUGCAUUCACCCACGUGCAGCAUGUUUACACCUCGAGGUUAACAGCAAGAAUUAAAACAUUGAAAAUGUUGAAUAUUUCUCAUCCCCUGACAGUUCUGAGAAACAAGCAUUAAUGUACCAGUGGAUGAUGGAAGGUCUCACCCUUAUUGGGAAACGCUGUAUGUUAGACAAGCAGAAGCAAUGAAGACAGCCACACAUUAUAGUAAGAUUCAUGCUGGGAGUUCCUCACACUUAAUGUAAUAUCACAGCAGCUUUUGUUACCCUAAUAAACAAUCUGUGACCUAACCAUGUUCAGAUUACUUCAAUAGUAACCCACAUAGUUUCAUCCUCCCAGUCACACCACAGUAAAGGAAUUCUACUACGUGACUAGAACUGGUUUUUCCUGUUCGACAGUUGAUCAGAUCCUUUGUGCUAUCAUUGCUUUAACCUGAUAGUUCAGUAGUGCAACAUUUGCAUGAUUUUGCAUUUUAACAACAGUUGAAUUCCAUUAGUCGUAUAGUAGAUAUCCAGGCUCAUCCCCUCAGUCGCACAACAGUACAGGAAUGCCAUGUGUUGUCAUGACUUUGCAUAAAUCACAUAGUUCAGUGUUACGCAAUCUUGCAUUUUGAUCCAAUAAAAAAGAAAUAAAUAAAUGUGACGUGCUAAAGAGGACUUGUGCAAAAGUUCUUAUUAUGGGGAAAAUUUUAAUUAUUGUGUCAAACCCAUUAAAACAUGAAAAUAAUACUUUGCAGGAGUGUGUUGGAGGAAAACCGUGUGCUUUUGUUGUGGUAGAUUAUCAUCUGAAAGACCUAGAAUAGUGGACAGCGACUGCAUUUUUUUUUCCACUGCCACACUGAUUCUGGAACUGCUCAGGUGGACAUUUACUCGGAGUUCUCUGAGGAAACUGGGGUUGCUUUUACAUGACAUGCUAAGUCAUCGUGAGCUUUCAACAGAUUUUAAGAGAUGAUCUCGUGAGUUGUGAAUGUUAUCUGCCCCCCCCCCGUAUAACCUUUAUCAGUUGUAAUCAUCCCAGUGAUAUCACCAGUGGCAACGUGGAAACAGCAGGUUACAGCAGGUUGUUAAAAUGUAAACCAUGAUCAAGGACUAUUUUGACAGGUAUCAGGAACUGCAAAUAAAACAGCUCGAGGUCUCUAUAAACCUGAAAUUAGCAACCAAUGUGCACAGUAAAACACUCACUAAACUUUUGUGUUAUAUUUUAUAAGUUUUGUCACUUUAAAAAAUACAGUGUAUACAGUCAUGUAAAAAAAAAGUCUUCUAUGCAGUCCUAUGAAAAACUAAGUACAAACUUUCUGCUUCCAUAGAAACUGAGAGGAUAAGUUGCAGCCAAGUGUUGGUAAUUAAAUGUUUAAUUAAUUGAUUGUUGUUGAUUGAUUGAUUUUGUACCCACAGGACCUCAGUUAGCAUAUUAAAUGUUGAGUCAACCAUGAACUUCUCUGGAUCCCAAAGUCCUCUAGGAUCCAUCUGUCCAACAGCUAAAGCUUGGCUGAACCUGGUUCAAGCAACAAGAUGACAAGACAGCAAAUCUAUAACAGAAAAAGAAGAAACUCAAUGUGUUGCAGAGUCCCAGUCAAAGACCUGGAUUGAACCUUGAAAUGCUGUCGUAGGCCUUUUGAAACAAAGCUGUCCAUGAAUGAAUGCUUGCAAACCACAAUGAACUGAAGCAACAUUGUAAAGAAGAGGGAGCCACAAUGUCUCCACGGCGAGCUUCCAACAUUCAAACAUGGAAACACUAUUGUGAACGACUCCUAUGCAGUCUGUUUUUACCUGGAGAGCCAGUUUAAGUCCCAAGGAAACAAACUGAUCCCGGACA